CUGUUGCUGAAGUGAAACUUCGUGAGGAUCAGUACACCCUGGACCAUAUGUGUGUCUUUGGCAUGUAUAACUAUCUGCACUGUGACAGAUGGUAUCAAGACAGUGUCUAUUAUAUUGAUCAGCAUGAGAGGGUCAUGCAUCUGGACAUCACUUUGGAUACUGCAAUAAGCAAACCCCGGGAGGUAUUCCGCCUAUCACCAGAGAUUAAAUCUUGUGAUUCCUUAGUCUGCGCUUCUAUGCAUUUUACAUCACCUACGUGGGCAGCCUUGUCAGAUGGAACAGGAAAGCUUUAUCUUCUCAGAACAAGCAAACGUGGACCAAAUAAUAUUGAGAAAUGGGAGAUAAUGUUCCAACAAGAGCUUGGAGAUCCCUUUGUGAUAGUCCAUAGCCAUUCUUAUCUGAAAGAGAGUACCCACUCGAUAGAUGUUGUUUUACUCAAGACAGAGAAGGAUGAGUCAAACAUCAGAGGAAGUGGGUUCCACUCGGCUGUAGAUUGGCUGACCAUCACUUGUGCAAAUAAUGUUCCACUUUUUCAAAUGUUUGAUCAUGCAUUUUAUCUUGAUGACCAGUCUUG